AAAAAAGCUGCUGCUCUUGUCGUGCACUUGUCGUGCGCACGUCUGCUUUGAGCUGCUUUGAGGCGAGUAGAGUUCGUCAGAGAUACGUUCGCGCCCAAGCCCUUCGCUGCGCGAGAGCACAGAGCCGUCUCAAAGGCCGUGCAUGCUGCUCAGGACCACAGCGCUCCUCGCCGGCUCGGUAAGAGCCAUGACGACCCUCACCUUCGUCACGGGCAACGCCAAGAAGCUCGAGGAGGUCACGGCCAUACUCCAGAAAGGAAGCCCACUACCGUUCACGAUCGGUAAUCAAGCAUUGGACCUGCCCGAGCUGCAGGGCGAGCCUGAUGAGAUUGCCAGAGAGAAAGGUAAGCUAGCAGCGGAGGCGGCAAAAGGUCCAAUCAUGUGCGAGGAUACGUUGUUGUGCUUCAACGCGUUGGGUGGUCUGCCGGGCCCUUAUAUAAAAUGGUUCCUCCAGAAGUUGGGGCACGAGGGCCUGAACAAUUUGCUGGCGGCCUACGAGGAUAAAAGCGCGUACGCGCAGUGUUUAUUUGCUUUGUGUGCGGGCCCGGGCCAGCCCGUGCGGCUCUUCGACGGGCGGACGCCGGGUAAAAUCGUGCCGGCGCGCGGCGACAAUCAAUUUGGGUGGGAUCCCGUCUUCGAGCCCGACGAAGGUGGAGGCGGCACCUACGCGGAAAUACCGAAGGACGCGAAGAACGCGAUCUCGCACCGUGGUAGGGCGCUGGCGCAGCUGCGGGAGUGGCUUCUUGCUAACUCCGAGGCGUUCGAGGCCGAGUGCCGGGCCGCCGCGAGCUAGGUUUUAUGUUUAUAUUUUGGUUGCGUCGAUGGCGUCGAGGUCGACGGCCAAGACGUGGCCCGCGGCGACGCGGGUCACGCAGCGAUAGAGUCGGCGACGGCGUGGUGGGGACCACUGCAGCUAGAGGGUUCAGCCGCUGGCCAGCCUUGACGGGCAACCCAAUACGCCAUCGACGCGCGGAGCAACCCGGGAGUAGAAGAAAGAAUCUAGAACACUUUUUAUGGC